GGAAUUAAGACUUGUUGGAUUGGCGAGGAGUCUAGCUGGGAACUGGGAUUGGCGGGAAGUGAAGUGAGAGGGAAAUGGAGGAUCUUUUCGGGGAUUCGGAUGGCGAGGGCGAGGGCGAGGGCGAGGUGGAGGUCGAAGGGGCCCCGAGGGCGCCGAGGGAGGAUCUGUUCUCAUACUUGACUGGAGCUCGGAAACCCUCAAGCUCUGCUGCAACUGGUGGGAGAGUGAAAACAGAAGCAGCUACUUCUUCGGUGAUUCCCGCUUGUGGAGAGAAGCAUGGGCGAGAAGGGCACGGACCUGAAGUGGAAAAAUCAUUGAAGAGGCUGCAUACAAGCGGCGUGGGGGUCUCGGACUCAGAGGAUGAUGUGACGAGGAACGCUGGCGGUGUUGGCCCCGACACUGAUUUGCAGGGAUGUGGAUGUCUGCAGGAGCAGCAUUCGGAAAGGAAUGGGGCUGCGGCCGAGGCUGAUGUUGCAACGUCGCGGGCUGCAAAGACGGAACGAGACCAAGGUGAAGAGGCGGGAGGUAGCUUGGAAGAAGCUGGACAGAGAAGGGACACACUGCACACGAUCGAUGCACUGAAUCUUCGGCCAGAGAAGGUGGUUCAGAGUGCACAUGGUGGGCCAGAAUCAUCGUCGAGCAUCCAAAAGGAUCUCAUGCAGAGAAAUGCACCAGGGACGUGUGUGCGCAUUGAGGCAGCGGCUGCGGAGGACCGGGGACUACGACAUGCCAUGGAAGAUGCCUGGAUGGUCAUGAAUGACUCAAGAGGAGACCACGGUGAAGAGCCCAGGUUGGCGUUCUUUGCUGUGUUUGAUGGCCAUGGAGGGAGGCAUGCGGCAGAUUAUGCCCGUGCACAUGUCUUUCAGUCUGUUCUAUCUGCAGGGCUUGCCAGCUCUUGGAAUGAAGGCCAACAGAUUGAUGUCAAAGUGGCGAAGAAGGCAAUUAUUGAGGGAUUCAAGCGGGUUGAUGAAGCCUUGCUGAAGAAAAGCGCAGCAGGUGAGUGUGAGUAGGAGGAGCGGGAGGAGGAGCGGGAGCAGCGGGAGGAGCAGGAGGACUGUGCAACGGCGGUCCGUCAGUUGUUUGGCGGAGGAGCGGGAGCACCGGGAGGAGGCGCGGGAGGAGGAGGAGAGGGAGGAGGAGCGGUAGGAGGAGGAGAGGGAGGAGCGGGAGUUUGGGGGAUCUUUGUCACGUUGUUUGGCGGAGGAGCAGGAGGAGGAGCGGGAGCAGCGGAAGGAGGAGCUGGAGGAGGAGCGGGAGUGGGAGGAGGAGUGGGAGUGGGAGGAGGAGUGGGAGGAGGAGCGGGAGAAGGAGCAGGACGGAGAAGUUGGAGAACGGAAAGGGGCGGAGGAGGCCCAGGAGGAGGAGCAGGAGAAGGAGCAGGAGCCUUUUUUCUUUUUUUUUUCGUGAGAGAUGGCUAUGGCGGGAUCUUGUCACGUUGUUUGGCGGAGGAGGAGCAGGAAAAGGAGUGGGAGCAGCGGGAGGAGGGAAGGAGGCGCGGGGGGAGGAGCAGGAGGAGCGGCAGAAGGAGCGGCGGGAGUCGGCGGGAGAAGCGGCAGGAGGGGCUGGAGAAGGAGCGUCAGGAGAAACGGGAAGGGGCGGAGAAGGCGCGGGAGAAGGAGCGGGCAUUCUGUUGCUGUCUCUCGAGAGGAAGGAUGACGGUGGUGACGAGACACGGGAGGGGGAGGGAAAUGGUGACGAUGAUUAGGGUGUUGACGAGGAGCAUCUCAAGGGAUCUAUAUAGAUAGAUAGAUAGAUAGAUAGAUAGAUAGAGAUAGAGAUAGAUAGAUAGAUAGAGAUAGAUAGAUAGAUAGAUAGAUAGAUAGA